AUGAGUGGCAGUGGUCUUAAUAAUAAUAAUAUUAAUAAUAAGAAAAUAUUUAAUGUUAUUGGUAUUGAAACUAGUUGUGAUGAUACAAGUAUUGGCAUUGUAAAUAGUGAAGGAAAGAUUAUGGCAGAAUAUUCUAAACCUCAAUGGUCAUUACAUAAAGUACAUAAUGGAAUUGUACCAUCAAUUGCAUUUGAAGCACAUCAAAAUGAGAUUGAUAAUGCCAUUGAAAAAACAUUGGAUAAAGCUGGUAUGACAAUGGAGGAUAUCGAUGUAAUAGCGGUUACAACGGGACCAGGUAUGGGUAAAUCAUUGGAAGUUGGAUUAAACAAAGCCAAACAAUUGUAUAGAGAAUUUAAAAAACCAUUCUGUUCAGUGAACCAUAUGGAAGGUCAUAGUUUAGUGGUUAGAAUGGAAAACCAUUCAAUUGAAUUUCCAUUUCUUAUUGUAUUGGUCAGUGGUGGACAUUCACAAAUUUUAAUAUGUAAUGAUGUUUCAAAAUAUCAACUCAUUGGCAAUACAUUGGAUGAUUCUAUUGGUGAAGCAUUAGAUAAAGCAGCAAGAAUCUUGGGUUGUCCAUAUGGCCAAGUUUGGGAUGGUCAAUCUUUAAUCGAGAAUAUACAUGGCGGUCAAGCUAUUGAAAUUUUAGCUUCAAAAGGUGAUCCAAAUAGUCAUCAUUUCACUUUACCAAUGAAAGAUUCAAAUAAUUGUGAUUUCUCUUUUUCUGGUAUAAAAUCUUCACUUGCAAGAUUAGUAAAAGAAAUUAAAUCAAAAUCAUCUUCAUCAUCAUCAAUAACUAAUAAUACAACAACAAAAACAACAACAACAACAACAACAACAACAAUAAUAACAACAGAAACAAAUAAUUUAAUAACAGAUGAAAAUGAAUUAUCAUUCGUUGAUAAAUGUAAUUUAGCAGCAUCAUUUCAAAAUGUUGCAUUUAAUCAUUUAGAACAUAGAAUUAAAAAGUCAUUAGAUUGGUAUUAUAAUUUUAAAACACCAAAACAAAAGAAAAAUGAAUUAUUAGCAUCAAAAACAAAAAGUGGUAAACCUCCGGCAAUAGAAAUCAUUAAAAGGGAACCACUAAAAGGAAUUGUAGUUUCUGGAGGUGUUUCAAAGAAUAAUAAUUUAAGAAAAAGAAUAGAUGAUAUUGGAAAACGUUAUAAUUUGCCAAUCUAUUUCCCAAGACCCGAAUUAUGUAAUGACAAUGGAACCAUGAUUGCAUGGGCUGGUGUUGAAAUGUUUAAAAAGGGUAUGACUGUUGAUGACCCUGAAAAAGUAAUCUAUUUACCUGUUUGGCCACUAGAUUUAAAUCCAAAACAAAUAUUCAAGUCAAAUUUAAAAGAAAAAGAUAAACAAAUUAGAAAGGGAUGGUAUGAUAAUACAAUAAAAAAAUAUGGUAUUCAAUAA